CACCGCACCCGGUCGGAACCGAAUUUACCUGGAAAUCAACUUCACAUGACCGAAAGAAGAAAGAAAAAACGUGAACGGCUGUAGCCCUUGGCACGAGGGGGAAAAAGAGAGCUGUCGUUAGAAACCCUCUCUCUCUCUCUCUCUCUCUCACACGGAGGAAGGGUACACUUCAAACAAUCGAAAGCAGAAGAAUCUGACGAGGCCGUGUGUUUGUUUGGUGGGUCAAGAAGUCUGGGAUAUUCCAUGGCGAUGGAAGAUGUCAUGACGUCAUAUUCCAACACUUUCUGAGGGGAGUAAUAGCUCUUCUUCUCUUUCUUGCGUGUUCGCGGUUCUCUUCUGGUGACGAAAGCCCUUUGGUCUGAGACUCUCUGACUUAGCAUCUGCGGGUGAAGUGUUGCCUCUGAGUUAAGAUUUGUCUUGCUGGUGGGAAUUGAGAUUCUUUUGGGUGGGUGGAUUGAGAAUCGGGAUUCGGGGCUAAAUCCUCGGUGGAAGAUCAUUCUCCAUCUCGACUGUAGUUUUCUUUCUUGGAUCAUAAUCGCGCCUGUGACGAUUUGAGUGUCUACUUGACUCAAGGGACAAGCUCCGAUGGAAGAUGGUCCCCCCACUCCCAAGUCUCCCUUUGAGAACAUUUCUGAUGAUAAAAUGGACUUGGAUUUAUUAGAUGACUUCUUUCUUGAUGGUUGCUGGGUAGAAACAGCUGCUGCCUUCAGCCUCUUCCCACAGAGUCCGACUUUUGCUGCUCCAAAUGAAGCCCCGGACCAUUCGCUCUCAGAGGAGACUCUUACUGGGAUUCCAACUACUGACUCAUAUCAGAAUGCAUUUCAAGAAGAAACUAGAGGAAAUACUGCGCCAGGAAUUCCACCUUCGGCUGAUCCCCAAACUAGUGAACUCGCAGAAUCUCGGAUUCAAGAUGUGAAUUCUGUUGGAAACGCCACAUCUCUGGGCCAAGUUGAAGGCACCGAAGUGAGUCAAAGUCUCUGGGUUGCGCCAAAGAGCAGUCUGGGUUUAUCUUCAUCUAUAAAGCUGAGAUUAAUGCAGGCUAUUAGUCACUUGAGCGAAUCCAGCAAAGGCAAAGAUAUGCUUAUCCAGAUAUGGGUGCCAGUUGGGAGAGAAGGCAGGAAGGUGCUUACUACAGAUGACCAGCCCUUUUCUCUCGGUCUCAGCUCAAGAAGCCUUCAGAGAUACAGAAGUGUGUCUAAAUCCUACCAAUUCCAAGCUGAUGAUGGUUCGAAAGACCACCUUGGAUUGCCAGGCCGUGCUUUCCUGGGGAAGCUUCCUGAGUGGACUCCUGAUGUCCGUUUAUUCAGUACUGAAGAAUACCCACGCAUUAAUUAUGCGCGGCAGUACGAUGUUCGUGGGUCUCUUGCGGUUCCCGUCUUUGAACGUGGGAGCGGGACAUGCCUGGGUGUUGUUGAGAUUGUGACCACAUCUCAAAAGAUCAAUUGCCGUUCUGAUCUGGAGAAUGUUUGUAAAGCUUUGGAGGCUGUUGAUCUUAGAAGUACCCAAAGCUUCAACCCCUCUAUUGUGAAGGUUGAUGUGUUGUAUGAAGCAGUAAUACCACGAAUUCUAGAGGCUUUGAAGUCUGUGAGCAAGACAUACAAUUUACCACUAGCCUUGACUUGGGCCUCCUGCAUCAAACAAGGCAAGGAAGGAUGCCGGCAUUCAGACGAGAAUUAUUCUCUCUGCCUCUCCACCAUGGACUCCGCUUGCUUGGUUGUGGAUCUCGAAAUGCGUGGGUUUCAUGAGGCAUGUUCUGAGCAUCACCUUCUAAAGGGCCAAGGAAUUGUUGGAAAAGCAUUCACAACAGAUAAACCCUCUUUCUCAAAUGACGUAACUGCCAUUUCCCACACCGAGUAUCCACUCUCCCACCAUGCUAGACUGUUCAGGUUACAAUCUGCCUUGGCUAUUCCUGUGAUAAACAUUUACACGGGAUUGGCUGAAUUUGUACUGGAGCUUUUCUUGCCAAAGGAUUGUGGAGACAUGGAGGAGGGAAAGCGGAUGCUGAACUUUCUGUGUGCUGACAUACAUCAAGCAUUUCAGAAUUCUCAGUUUUUUACUGAGAAAGAUUUAAGUGGGCCAAUUGUUUUGCCUUUUAAAGAGACAGAAAUUGCCACUGAGAAGAAACUUCAGAAGAAAGAAACUGAGGUAGCAUCCUCUUCAAGGAAACAAACCUCUUCGGAUGAGUCAUCCUGGAUGGCUCACAUGGUGGAGACUCAGACGAAGGGCAAUGGAGUCUCAAUUUCGUCAACUUAUGACAUGGGAACCAAAGAACCAUUCAACAUAACAACGCAACAUCAGGAGUUUUGGCACCUUCAGCAGGAUUCUGAGAACAUCACUGGUGUUGAGGGCAGGAGCAAUUCUUUAUCUUUGAGUCAACACUCAAGAGGUAGUGGAAAAGAUGGCCAGAAGAGACAAACUAAGAUGGAGAAGACAAUUACUGUGGAUGUCCUCCGACAAUACUUUGCUGGAAGCCUCAAAGAUGCUGCAAAAGAACUAGGAGUGUGUCCAACGACUCUCAAAAGGAUAUGCCGGCAGCAUGGAAUAGCCCGGUGGCCUUCACGAAAGAUCAAGAAGGUAAAUCAUUCCUUAAAGAAACUCCAGCAUGUGAUUGACUCGGUCCAAGGAGCCAAGGGUACUAUCAAGCUUGGGUCCUUUUAUGAAAGCUUCCCUGAACUAAGUACAGAGAUCUCCGGAGAAGGACCCAGCUCAUCAAAGCAGAGUGAUCCUCCGAAAAAAACAGAUCACCAGCCUGAUAUUAAUAUAGAUAAUUCUGCGGCCACCAUUUCGAAAUCUCCAUCUGCAUCAUGUAGUCAGUGCUCCACUUCAACCACUUCUGGCUCCAACGAAGCAAAUGUGCAUUCUACCACCAUCCUAGCCUCAAGCGGCAGAAAUGAUCAGAUAAUUGAAGCCCUUUUGAAUUACUAAAGAGGUCGCAGUCAUGCAGAAUUACAUGAACCCCAGAUUCUCGCGAGAUCCCAUAGCCACAUGUCAUUUGACCAGCAUCCCUUACCAAACAUUCAGGGGCAUCAUCUUCAGGAUGGACUAAUUUUCAGAGUGAAAGCCAUGUUUGGGGAAGAAAAAAUCCGGUUGGUCUUGCAACCAACAUGGGGUUUCGCAGAUCUGCGACAAGAGAUUGCAAAGCGUUUCAGCAUAGAUGAUGUUGGUGGAAUCGACCUAAAAUAUUUGGAUGAUGAUGGGGAAUGGGUUCUUUUGACAUGUGAUGCUGACCUUGAAGAGUGCAUGGAUGUGUAUAGAACAUCCCAAGGCCACACCAUCCGUAUGUCCGUCCAUCCGGCUUCACAUCCACAUAGAAAUUCGCUGGGAAGCAGCGGGCACAAGAUAAGCGUUUUCUAUGAGCCAAGCGUUCCAUGUAUUUCUUUGGUAGGAUUGCAUUGAUUUUCUAAGGUCUGGGCAGACCAGUCAAUGUACAGUGGAAACAGACGGAACGAUCAUAAAAACAAGUAUUUGUCUCUUCCCCAUGGUGACUGGUACAGCAGCAAUGAGACUCAACUUUGUAAAUCAAAAAUGAUGUUAGUUGUUGAGAAUAUUGAGUAUUAAGGGUAAAA